AUGGAUGAAACCACUCGUAACCACUUUUUGAAAAAUUACAAAACCCAGGUGGCUUCGGGGACAUCGACGAUCUGUGCAACUCUUGCUGUGACCCCCUUGGAGAAUGUCAAAACUCGUAUGCAAACACACAAUUUCCCGAACGUGUUUCAAUGCAUUCGCUAUUUGUGGCGCACCGAAGGACCCCGUGGCUAUGUUGCUGGAGCCUUGCCCCCACUAGCAAGUGUCACGGCAGUCCGUGUCGUCAAUUUCUCCACAUAUAACUCCGCGAAACAUAGCGUCUCCGAUUUCAUCGAAAGGAUCACCGGCGAGUCUCCUCUGGCGUCUUACAAUCAGCCGGGCAGUAGCCCCACCGUGUCGACCAUCAUGACAUUCACUACCGCAGGUCUAUUUGCAGGUCUUAUCACUUCUCCACUUGCGUGUCCUUUCGAACUCGCUAAAAACGUGGUUCAGACCUCUGUUUUGGUCUCCAAUCGUGCUCAGGCAUCACCCGAUGCAGUCAGGGAUCCUUCGCUGCGUCGCAAGCCGCGUCUUGGAACUAUUGAGGCGAUCAAGCAGAUUGUUCAGCGGUAUGGCUUACGUGGUCUUUACACGGGCUUUCAUCUCCACGCCUUGCGCGAUACCAUCGGAUCUGGUCUGUACUUUGGAGUUUAUGAAUCGGUCAAGCAGGUCGCAGCGAGGGAACUCGGGGCCGACAAAUCUCCUUUCGGUGCUCCCAUGAUUGCCGGUGCGAUCUGCAGUACCGUGCCUUGGUUUUGUACCUACCCGCUUGAUACACGGAAGACGCGAGCUCAGAGUGUUUUAUUGGGCAAGACCAAGGAAGUCGGAGAAGCAUCAGUGGCUGUAGCCAAAUCGAGCAUGUACAAAGGAUUGUCGAUUAUCCUUAUACGCACUGGAGUGAACAACAUGAUAUUGUUGAGUAUUUUUGAGUAUAUCAAGAUGAGGAUUAACCAACUGGAAGGUUAA